CUUCAUGAUAAACAUGAAAAUCUCUUAAAGAAAAACAUUUAAACUCUAAACUGCAUUUUUUAUGAGGAACGAUAUAAUAAAAAAAAAUUGAGACAAUCAAUUCCUGGAAAAUAAAGUAAGAAAUGUCUGCUAAUGUCCGCGCAUUAUCAUCACAAGAAUCUAACGAAGUGAAGGAAAUGUUCUGUGAAGAAUGUGAAAAUCAUGGUGAUGGCUUUACACCCGCUAUUGCUUUCUGUGUGGAUUGUGUGGAAUAUAAAUGUGUGACCUGUCUAAAAUAUCAUAAGAGACAAUCAAAAACUCACAAAAUUCAAGAUAGUGACAGUAUGCCAAAAGAUUUCUAUUUUGAGAAGUGUUCCACACAUCCUCUACAGUUGAUCAAGUUUUACUGCUCUGAGUGUAGCAAAGAAGCCUGCCAAGAAUGCAAAGAUAAUGAUCAUGUAAAAUGUGGUGAUGUGAAUCAUUUACCAACCCUUGCUUCAGGUAUACAAAAAUGUGAUGACUUAAAAGAUCUUCAACAGAACUUGGAUCGAUUAUUAGAGGAAAUAAAAGACACAGAAAAGCUGUUGCAUGCUAAAAGUGAAGUGGUGGAUAAACAAGAGGAAGAGGCAACUGAAGCAUUUAAGGAGCAUAGAGAGAAACUAAUAGAAAUUUUCAUACAACAACAUCAAGAUGUGAUUGAUGCUUUUGAUAAGGAGAUAGAAGAAACAAUUGCCAGAAUGAAGAAAGAAGGGUUAGAACUAGUUAACGAGUUAUCUGAAAACGAAAGAAAAUUUAAAAACCAAAUUACAAAAGCUGAAAAUGAUGUUAAAGAGAAGGUUGUUAGCACAAACAAAGAUUUUAAGGUUCUCAAGUCAGAACAUUUAAAUUUGGUCAAACAAUUAAAGGCACAUAUUGCUGAACUAGAAGAGGACCAAAAACUAGGUCAAAACUGUGAACUUCUUAUUAAAUUGAAGUUCACAAAACAAAUGUGUGAAAACAUUCACCGAAAUAUUAAACAAAUUCAACAAGCCUACAUACAGCGCUUCAAAAUUGAAACUUUUAACAUACAAGCAAAAGAACUAUCUCUAGUGAGUGAAAGAAGAUUUUUCACAUUUGCAAAGGUACAUGCAUCAUAUGUAGAAAGAAGAGUUGUCUUUGAUUUUGAUAUCAACUGUCACAUUGAUGUCAUAUCCUCUUUACUUGUUUUAUCUGAACAUACACUUCUAGUAUCAGAUUAUGCAAUGUGUUACCUAGACAUAUACAAACUAGGAAUGUCACAAGCCAAUUAUAUUGAUUCCAUGAACUUUAAAACAAAUCCAUUUGGUAUUAUAAGGGUUUCAGAUUAUAAAAUUGCUGUAACAUUUCCAAAAGAAAGAAUAAUCAGACUGAUAACAUUCUUUGGAGACAUGAAAGUUUUAAAUAUCACAGAGAUACCAGGAAAUGGUCCUUGUACUGGUAUUGCCUACAAAAAUAACUAUCUUGUAGUUUCAUAUUGGAAUCCAGCUAGUGUUAAGAUUCUAAGUAUGUCAGGUGAAAUUGUGAAAACAUUUGACAAAGAUGAUAAUGGUCGAAAUCUGUUUAUUGAACCUUGGUACUUAACUGUCAGUCCUGACAAUACUGUGAUUUAUGUUUCUGGCUGGGAAAAACACACUGUAACAUGUUUGACCUUUGCUGGUAAGGUGAAGGCUGUCUACAAGAAUGAUCAACUGAAAAGACCUCAACAACUUGCUGUUGAUGAAUAUGGAUCACUAUAUGUGUGUGGUAUUCACUCUGGAAAUAUCCAUCAAUUAUCAAAUGACCUCACAAAAGUGAAGAUCUUGAUAGAUAAAAGUGAUGGAUUAGAUCAACCAAAGAGUGUGGCCUACUGCCCAAAUACCAAGAGAUUGUUUGUGGGAAUGUAUAACAAAAUUAAAGUUUUCAAUGUGUUACUAGAAUAAACAAUAGCAACUAUUACACAAAGAAUCAUCAACAACUAAAUUUAAAUACUCCUCUCAUUAGGAUGGAAUGAGUGUCCUUAUUAAGUAUGAUUGCCCAGGAAGCUAUCAACUUUAAUACAAACUCUGUAUUCUUGAAUCCGUUCUAGGAAACAACCCGUAUUCAGUAAAUAUUUCAUUUUUUUUAUCAAGGAAGCAACAGCUUGUCGAACCAAUGCGACCAAGCAGUCGUUGGAUUACUAGUUCAAUGUGAUAACAACUUAGUCAUGCAACAUGAAAUCUUGAAAUAUCAGUAAAUCUAAAUUAAAUUUACUAUGUAUACAAUUAACUAUAUGAAUAAUGGGGAAAAU